AUGCCUCGCGAAGUCUCCGAUAUCAAGCAGUUCAUCGAGAUCUGCCGCCGGAAGGAUGCCUCCUCCGCCCGGAUCAAGCGCAACCGCAAGAACCAGCAGACCAAGUUCAAGGUCCGCUGCGAGCGCUUCGUCUACACCCUCGCCCUGACCGACUCCGCUAAGGCCGAGAAGCUGAAGCAGUCUCUUCCUCCUUCCCUGAAGGUCGUCGAUGUUGCCAAGGGUGACAAGAAGAAGCUGUAA